AUGACUGGAACGAAGUCUAGGUAUGCAUAUACUGAAGGUAUGAUUUAUGAUGAUGAAUGCUCAUGUGGCUUGUAUUCGAAUUGUACGACUCAAGCGACUUUUGUCGACGAAAAUUCGUCAAAAACGACACCAGUGAAAGGAUUAAAAAUAGGAUGUACACCAAGUGAAUCAUUUCGUUUAUCAACUCUUGAAUGUUUUUAUGAUCAAUCAUGUCUUAAUCUUAUCGAAAACUAUACAAAUUAUCAUAAUUCUUCAACUCCUCUUUCAACAAUCUCCAGUCGUUUUCCAGAGAAUGCAACAAUUGAUGAACUGAUUAAAAAUUUAUUUAAUGAACAAUGGUUCAAUCAAUCCAACUAUUCAUCUUAUUAUGAACAAUGUUCUCCUUUAUUAUGUUCAUAUACUAAUAUUGAAAGAUUGAAUAUAUUCUAUACGAUUACUCUUUUUCUUGCUCUUCAAGGUGGCUUAACAAUAAUUCUUGAUUGGAUAUGUCCAAAAUUAGUUCGAAUUGUAUCAGCAGUCAAUCGUUAUCGAAAAAGACAAAGAACAUCAAUUCAUCCUGACAAUUCUCUGGAAAUAUCAUCUGAUAGUUCUGUUAUUCAUAACACAACUUUAAAUGUUGAGAUUACAACAACCAAUAAUAUAACAUCUGAAGGAAUUAUUAUUUCACCAAUUCGGCGUUAUUCUAAUAUAAUUUCGAUAAUUGUAUUACUAACAGUUUUGAUCGUUGGUGUUAUCAUUUUUUCGAUUUAUUAUGCUCAACAUGGUAAGAAUACAGUUUUACAGUUGAUAUUCAUUGUAAAACGU